AUGUCUGCGCCAGGUGGCGCUCCCAGCCCUGCGCCGCGAGGCGGCAGCAUGGGACCUGGCGCAAAUGGAGGCAAUAUGCCCAUGUCGUCGCAACAACCGAUGUCUGGAACACCUAUUCACUCUGCUCCUCCUCCUGGUCCGCCUCCUCCACAGAGCGGUGCUAUGUCGCAACAGAACUUAAAUCAAAUUGUCAUCGACUACCUAGCCAAGAAGGGCUACAGCCGGACCGAAGCUAUGCUUCGCAUGGAGUCCGCCAACCAGGAGAUCGAUGGACGCCCGCUUCCCCCUCUUGGAGAGGAUGCCCGGCCUAAGUUCCGUAAGGGCUUCGACCUGCUCAAGGCAUGGGUUGAGGAGAAUCUCGAUCUCUACAAGCCCGAGCUUCGCCGUGUGCUGUGGCCACUGUUUGUCUACUCGUUCCUCAACAUGGUUACGGCGUUCUACCCCCAAGAUGCCAAGCAGUUCUUCGAUGCCAACAAGAACAUGUUCCUUCCCGAGCACACGGACGAUGUUCGCAAGCUGGAGCCCAUCAGCCUGCCGGAACAUGUGCAGGCCAACGAUACCGCCAAGCUCUAUCGAACCAACAAAUACCGCAUCGUUCUGAGCAACCCUGCUUACACCAAUCUUCUUCAAUUCCUGGAAAGCAAGGAAAAGGAGGGUGGUUCCGUCAUGAACGCCAUCUUGAGCAGCUACUGCACCAUCAAGACAAUGGACCGCGCCGCCGACGAUCGGUUCAGCUUUGCUGCCAUGCUUGGCCAGAUCGGAGCGGGUCAGUCAUUCCCCUCCGAGGACGAGGGCAUUCCUGGUCACCAUGCCGGCUCUGCGUACACGGGAGAUAAUCCUGCCAUGGCUGGAACCCUGCCGAGACUUCGGCUCGGCAAGCUGCCAAUGGAGCAGAACCUGGAAGAGGAUGUUCGUGCAGAAUUGGCCGCCGAAGAUGCGAGAGAUCCCCCUGGUCCUGGUCGUAACACACUCGUCCAGGAAUUCGAGCAGAUGAUCAAGAAGGAAGAAGAUGAGGAGGCUCCCACUCGUGCCGACAUUCCCUUCCCUGAAUCCACCGCUCGUGACGUCGCGAUUGAGUGCAUGAAGGUGCGGGAGAACCGGGAUCGGUUCAGAAUUCAAGGUCGCACUGGUGGCGUGGGUCCUGCAGUGAGCGUGUGCAUGUUUACCUUCCACAACACCUUCGACAGUAUCAACUGCCUCGACUUCUCUGAUGACAACAAGCUUGUUGCUGCAGGGUUCGCCGGGUCUUACAUCCGAGUUUGGAGUCUUGACGGGAAGAACAUCGAAGCAGCAUUCCCGGAUCUUGAUGAUCUUCCUCCAGCCAACUCUCGGCGCCUCAUCGGUCACUCUGCCCCAGUCUACGCGGUUGCCUUCCCACCUUGUGCGACCAAGUUCGAAAACGUCUCUAGCGAGGACUCCGUUCCGACCAAUGCUCGGUUGCUCCUCUCCUCCUCGGGGGACAAGACAAUUCGCCUGUGGUCGCUGGACACCUGGCAAUGCCUCGUUGUCUACAAGGGCCACGAUCGCCCUGUCUGGGACGUGCGAUGGGGUCCAUUCGGCCAUUACUUCGUCUCUGGCGGUUCUGACCGCACUGGCCGUCUUUGGCUCACUAGCCACAUCCGCCAGCAGCGCAUCUUCGCUGGACAUGACCAAGAUGUGGACUGUGUCUGCUUCCAUCCGAACUCCGCCUACGUCUUCACAGCUAGCUCUGACAAGACCGUACGGAUGUGGGCUAUCACUACCGGAAAUGCAGUCCGUAUGUUUAGUGGUCACACGGGCAACGUGACUGCCAUGGAGUGCAGUCGUGAUGGCAAGAUCCUGGCAUCCGCAGAUGAUGCUGGCUCUAUCUUCCUUUGGGAUCUCGCACCCGGUCGGCUUCUGAAGCGCAUGCGGGGCCACGGCAAUGGCGGUAUCUGGUCCCUUAGCUGGAGUGUUGAAUCGACAGUCCUUGUCUCUGGUGGUGCCGAUGGUACUGUCCGCGUCUGGGAUGUCAGCGGUCCCCAGGAUGCUUCUCAAGGCCGGGUGGUUGGUGAAGGCGGUGCCGGUACCAAGAUUGACGGCGGAAAUGCUCCUGCAAGUGCUACAGCCUCGAGCAAGAAAAAGAAGGGCAAGGAUGUCGUUGUCACGCCUGACCAGAUCAGCGCUUUCCCAACCAAGAAGAGUCCCGUUUACAAGGUCAAGUUCACCAACAUGAACUUGAUUAUUGCGGGUGGUGCCUAUCUUCCCUAGAUGGCCAUAUUCAAUUUCCUCGGUCCUCACCAUGUCGACCAUUUCUAUUUCCUCUCGGCGCAAAUACCCCCGGUUUCUUCGGAUACCAUUUUCUUUUCUCUCUGGUCAUGAUUGUCUCCAGAAUCAUCUCGCCGCCAUUUUUCCUGGGAUCUGAUGGCGUUUUCAAAAUGGAAUUCAAUCUUCUCUGGUGUUAUGGCAUGGUGGCGGCGCGGAAAUCCGUCUUAUUUUGUUUGAUUAACCAUCAAGGUUCUUUGCUUUACUGGAGAAACAGCCUUUAUUGUUAUCCCCCUGAUGGUACCGUCCUGCUCGGUCUGUGGAUACAGCGUUGCGGCUGCCAUCUAUGAGUUAUCUUGCCUUUCUGGAUGGGAGGACUCGUGGACUGCGGCGGCUGCUGAUGCAGCUUCUACGGACCUAUGCUGGGGAUGGAACCGUUAGGAUAUCUAUGGCUUUUCUUCUAAUCAAAAUACACAUAC